AAGAAAAACAUUGAAAUACCUGGGACACGAAAAUCUCGACGGAAGAGCCAGCCUCGGCGGAUAAUCGUGGAGGAAGUGGAGAACCACUGUGACUUAUGUGGAGAGGACUUCGGUAAUAACUCCGCUUACCUCCUCCACGUCAAGAAAUGUCAGGACAACAGCACAUUCUCCCGUAGAGAAUCUCGCGGGAUAAAGAGGCCUAAGGACGAUUCACUCCACGAUGAGGAAGGUACUUCUAGUCAGACCAAGAAAUGCGGAGGGAAGGUGACGUGUGAUCACUGUUACGAGAAAUUCUGGCAGAGCGAGUUAAAGGACCACAUACAGGAAGUUCACGGAAUCUCGGACAUGUACACGUGUUGUCACUGCCGGGCAACUUUUGAUUCUAGGCGGAGUUAUGCCUCUCAUAUGAGAUAUGAACACGACGAUAAAAAGGCCUUUAAAUGUUCCUCCUGUAGUAAUGCGUAUGAACUGUAUGAAUCCUUAAAGAGGCAUAAUCGAAUUCACAACAAGGACCUGGCUCUAACUUGUGAUGAAUGCGGAAAAUCUUUUGCGGAGAAAAUCACACUCAAGAGACAUAAAACAAUUCACACUGGAGAAAAACCGUACAAUUGUAAAGUAUGUGGCAUGGCUUUCCGUGACCCCAGCACCAUGAGAAAACAUGUAAAGCGACACAGCUCAGAGAGGCCCUUCUCCUGCGAGACGUGUGGGAAAUUGUUUGCCAGUACUUACGAUAUGAGGAAACAUUCCAGGAUUCAUCUGAAUGAUGAAGAAAGACCCUACAAAUGCGAGGUGUGUGGAAAGGCUUUUUACUUGAUUGCUGCCAUGAAAACUCACCUCAGAACUCAUUCAGGAGAUAGAAUCUUCAAAUGUGACAUGUGUCACAGGGCUUUCUGUGACUCAAGAAAUCUGUGGGCUCAUAAGAAAAUUCACACCAAUGAACGGGACCACCAGUGUCCGGUAUGUGGAGUAUCCUUUAGGUGGAGCUGUAAUCUAGUCAGACACAUGAAAACAGUGCAUGAAGGGGUGAGAGAAUUUGUAUGUAGUGUGUGUGGUAAGGCAUUCGGACAGAAAGGAGCGUUGACAGUGCAUCUCCGAAUUCAUAGUGGAGAGCGGCCAUUUUUAUGUCAGGAAUGUGGGAAAAGCUUCACAGACAAGAGCUCACUUUAUCAUCAUUUGGAGACCCACCAGAAAAUCAAGCCAUUCCCGUGUCAGGUUUGCGGGAGGAGGUUUGGUCGGGGUUAUGUCUUGAGGCGCCACAUGAAUCGCCACGUGAAGAAGAUGGUGUGCCGCGUGAUGAACUCCACCUCCGAAAAUCCUAACGAAAUUCUCAUCCAGGAGGCGGAGCCUGACCUAAAUUUGCUGACGGAGGGGGAUAAAUUGAGCGAUGUGAAUGAUGAUGAGGAAAACGAUGAGUACGAUGAGUUUGUAGGUGAUGAAGACGUCGAAGAGAACCACGAACAAACCGAGUCAGAAUCUCAAAAUCUGUUCUGAUAAAUUUUCACAGUAUUAAAAUGUGAUGGGUAUAUUCAGACAAGCAGUGUGCAUCAACAUAGAUAUCCCAGAAUUUCAAGAGAACCAUAAAUAAACCGAGUCAGAAUCCCAUAAUCUGUUAUGAAAAAUUAUGAUAGUGUUACAAAUCUAAUGGGUAUAUUCACACAAGUAUUGUAAAUCAACAAUAGAUAUUUUAAAUUUUUUUUUUAUUGAAAUAUGUCUGUUAAGGAGCAGAUUUCACUUAAAAUUUUAUGUGACAGUUACAUGUAUAAGAGUACAGUACAAUAUCCUGCCAGGAAGAAUUUUAUUUCAUUCCAAGAUUUUAACCACUGUCUUUGAUAAAGAAACAAAAUGAAUUGUAACAAUUGAUUUCUG